CCUCCUGUACGAGGUUCUUCGAACAAUCCCUCUCAAUUUCAGCUACCACCCGGACCACUGGACAAUAAUGACAAACUUUUCGACGAUCACCUUUUCAAACUUGGACUUUCACUGUCGGUGCUGAUUUUCUUAUUCCUGCUCGAGGCUCACCACUACACGCCACUGAUGAGCGCUCGCCAGCUCUACAUUACUUAUCUGACUACUGCCAUUUGUCUUGAUCUCGUCGACAACAUUUACUUCCUCGACCUUCUUUGGCAAUCAUUCAAGGAUGGAUGGAAUCUUCCUGUAUGGCUCGAUAUCACUAUAUUGACGGUAGCAUGUGUAAAUUUUGUCAUGCCUACAUUCGCGUUGCUGAAACUUCGAUUUGGACGUUACCCACGGCUCCUAUAUAUCAGUGAUAAAGUCUGGAGCUUGCUCUACGUGCUAAUUGUAAAUGGACCAUUCCUCGGACUUCGAAUCUAUCUCUUCAUCCUGCUAGAAGUUCAACAACGAGGCAGACACUACGACCCGAGUCUCUUCGCCGUCAAAAAUAUCGCUAUGAUCUAUUUGGCAAUGAGAGAGCUCUGGACGCGACUACAGUACUGGCGAAUGAAACGACACCAAACCGGAUCACGAGGCGAACUCACCGGUCAUCACAAUAACGAUGACGAGCACUAG